AUGAGUGUCCGUGAUAACAUUUACGCGGGCUUUUUCGCUGACUCGCCGAAGGCGCUGGAUUUCGAUGGCGCCGAGGCGGCUGACGUGGCGACGCCGCUGUCCACGGGACUGCGAACGGGCCAGGUGGGCCGCGGCUCGCUGUCGCGGAUGGGCACCACUGCCCAGCUGGCCAAGGCGCGUCCCUCGACGGCGGUGAGAGGCGUCGGCUACUCGUCGGACGCGCCGCGGCUGUUUGAGCAUCAGGCGCAGCACAAGAAGUCCGUGGUGGUGGACGCGAAGAAGCACCAGUCGCCGGAGGAGAAGUACCGCGGUCUGGAGAAGAAGAUCCAGGAUCUGCUGGAGCAGUCGAUCCUGCUCAGCACGGGCGUCAAGGUGGACUUGCGCGGCGCUCUGGCGAAGGCCAAGGAAGCCUCGUCGCUGGAUCGCAAGCUUCUGCAGAUGCGCGAUCAGAGCAACGGCAAUUACGUGCACAACUUCGAUCUGACAUUCUCGGUGCUGUUCAAUCUGGCCAACAUCUACGCCCUCAACGACAUGCACGUGGAGGCGCUGAACACAUACAAUCUGGUGACGAAAAAUAAGAUGUUCUCCAAUGCCAACCGGCUGAAGAUCAACAUGGGCAAUAUCUAUGUGAAAUUGGGAAUGUUCCCCAAGGCGAUUAAAAUGUACCGAAUGGCACUGGAUCAGGUUCCAAUUAAUCAGAAAGAGCUCCGGCUACGUGUCACUCACAACAUUGGCAUCCUCUUUGUGAGGAUGGGUCAGUAUUCGGAUGCUGCGACCAGUUUUGAAUUUAUAAUGUCAGAGAAGGGUGAUGUGCGCGCUGGGAUGCAUUUGGUGCUCUGCUACUACGCCCUUGGCGACGUUGACAAAAUGAAGCGAGCAUUCCAAUUACUGCUCGACGUCAGCACAGAAUUCGACGAGGAUGAGAAACUCAACGCCAUUUCCCCUAAUGCAACGCAGGAGUACAUUUUCGAGGCGAUCCGAUCAGAUGAGCUCCAGCAGUGGGAGAACAAGCAGCAACAAUUCACGAGGAAAGCCAUCCUAAUGACCGCAAAUCUUAUCGCGCCAGCCAUUGAAGAUUCAUUCGAUGAUGGGUACAAUUGGUGUGUGGAGGCCAUUAAGAAUUCGAAGCAUCAAUCAUUAGCGUCAGAGUUGGAUUUGAAUCGGGCGAUAAUGUUCCUCAAGCAGGACGAUCCGACGCAGGCGAUAGACUCGCUGCAGUACUUCGAGAAGCGAGAAACCAACGUGGCCAUCAAUGCGUCCAUUAAUUUAACAUUCAUCUAUCUCCUGAUGAACAACUUGCAAAUGGCAUCGAAUUACGCAGAGUCAAUGCGUCGCAUGGAUUCUUACAAUCCCGCCACGCUCAUCAACAAUGGCGUCUAUGAAAUGAUGAGAGGCGAUUAUGAGACGGCCAAGAGUAUGUUUGAGGCGGCGGUGGAGAUUGACGCCACUUCCUUCGAGGCUCUGUACAAUCUGGGUCUGGUCAACAAGCGCCUUAACGAUUUCGAUGCCGCUCUGGGCUACUUCCGGAAGCUGAGCGCCAUCAGCAUCCACGAAGUCCAUCCGCAGGUUCUCUACCAGAUGGGGAAUCUCUACGAGCUGGUGAAUGACACUGGCGCCGCUCUGGAGCUGUAUCUGCAGAUGCUGGGCUCGCAAUUCCUCGACGAUGAGAUCUUGAGGAAGAUUGGUCUGAUUUACGAGCAGGAGUCUGACCAGCAACUGGCCUUUCACUACCACCUGGAGUCCUACAGGGUGAAUCCGGUGAAUAUGAACACCAUCAACUGGAUCGGGACGCACUACAUCCGACUUCAGGUGGCCGAAAGGGCGAUUCCGUACUACGAAAGGGCAAUUAUGAACAAUCCAAACAGUACUUUCUACAUGAUCAGGACAGCGGGAUGUUGCAUGAAGGUUGGCCAUCACAAGAAGGCGCUGAGAUUCUUUCAGGACAUUUACCGCAGAUUCCCGGACAACGCCGAUUGCCUGCGAGCGCUGAUCAGGAUCACGCACAACAGUCAUCCGCAAUUGCAUGAGAAGUACAAGCUGGAGCUGCAGAGGCUGACGAAGACCAAGGACACCAGGAAGAGGAUCGGAAGCAGCGUCUCCUCGCUGAAUAUGACCAUCGGCAGACGCACCACGUCGGCCAUCACGCAAGAUGGCGACAAUUCCGCGUCGUCUGUGAACUUUGGCGACUACGCCGAGGAGAACCAGGGAAGGGCGUCAGAGGGCGCCAGUGAGUACUACACAGAUCCUCUGGGACCCAUGGCGGCCAGGCCCAGGACAGGGAUGCGCCCGAAGACGGGCACAUUCGACGAGGACACGGAUGAAGACAUUAAUCCAGAGGAAAUGUUGCCACAGUAGAUGUACUCGCAAGGGGACAAUCAGUCGCAA